AUGGCAGGGCGGUGGCUCUGCGGUGGAAGUUGUGGUGUUUGUGUGAGGAGCUCACAGCUCGGGCAUGGAUCGGCGACCUUGGUCGUGUGUGCAGCGGGGUGGCUUGGGCUCGACGAUCCAUGGUUGUGGAGCAGCAGAAAAUUUGGCUGCACGGAAUUGGUGAACCCGAAAGACCACAGCAAGCCAGUUCAAGAGGUACUCGCUGAGAUGACAAACGGUGGAGUCGACCGUAGUGUUGAAUGCACCGGCAAUAUCAGUGCUAUGAUACAAGCAUUUGAAUGUGAUCAUCAGGGCUGGGGUGUCGCUGUGCUGGUCGGUGUGCCACACAAGGACGCCGAAUUCAAGACCCACCCAAUGAACUUCCUGAACGAGAGGACUCUAAAGGGGGCCUUCUUCGGCAACUUCAAGCCGUGCACUGAUCUGCCCAAUUUUGUAGAGAUGUACGUGAAGAAGGAACUGGAGGUGGAAAACUUCAUCACGCACAGCGUACCGUUCUCGGAGAUCAACAAGGCCUUUGACCUCGUGGCCAAGGGCAAGGGCAUUCGCUGCAUCAUCCGCAUGGAGAACUAG